AUGAUGAACAUGAGGCUUCUUCGGCAGCAAUGCCUUCGCACCAAGCCAUCACUGGCUACGCGCAUUUCCACCAGAGGUUUCGCAUCUCAAAAAGAUCUCCUCGGUUCAAGCCUCGAGCAAGGCGACCCUGAGAUUCAUGCCAUUCUCAAGCGCGAAGAGAAGCGUCAGAACCACUUCAUCAACCUCAUCCCCUCCGAAAACUUCACCUCGCGAUCAGUUCUCGAUGCCCUAGGCAGUGUCAUGCAAAACAAGUACUCCGAGGGCUACCCAGGAGCACGAUACUACGGCGGCAAUGAACACAUCGAUGAGGCCGAACGUCUUUGUCAAUCCAGAGCUCUCGAGACUUUCCGUCUUGACCCUGAGAAGUGGGGUGUCAACGUUCAGCCCCUCUCUGGAUCCCCAGCCAACCUUUACGCCUACUCUGCCAUCCUCAACACCCACGAUCGCAUCAUGGGUCUUGACCUUCCCCACGGAGGCCAUCUCUCCCACGGCUACCAGAUCCCCGGCAAGAAGAUCUCCAUGAUCUCAAAGUACUACGAGACCUUCCCCUAUCGACUCAACGAGGAGACUGGCCUGAUCGACUACGAUAAGCUGCGCGAGAACGCCCUGCUGUAUCGCCCCAAGGUCAUCGUAGCAGGAACAUCUGCCUAUUCCCGCCUUAUCGAUUAUGAGCGCAUGCGCGCCAUCGCUAACGAGGCUGGUGCUUACCUUCUCUCUGAUAUGGCUCACGUUUCGGGUCUUGUCGCCGCCGGUGUUAUCGGAACACCCUUUGACGAUUCUGAUAUCGUUACUACCACCACCCACAAGUCUCUACGCGGACCUCGCGGUGCCAUGAUCUUCUACCGCAAGGGCGUGCGAAGCACAGACAAGAAGGGCAAGCAGAUCAUGUACGACCUCGAGGGCCCUAUCAACGCGUCCGUCUUCCCCGGCCACCAAGGCGGUCCUCACAACCACACCAUCACCGCCCUCGCCGUCGCUCUCAAGCAGGCCCAGACACCCGAGUUCAAGGACUACCAAGAAAAGGUCCUCACAAACUCCCAAGCCAUGGCCAACCAGCUCACCGACCUCGGCUACUCGCUUGUCUCUGGCGGCACCGACAACCACCUCGUUCUCGUGGACCUCAAGCCCAAAGGUAUCGACGGCGCGCGCGUAGAGCGCGUGCUUGAACUCGUCGGCGUGGCGAGUAACAAGAACACCGUGCCUGGUGACCGCUCGGCGCUGAAGCCGGGCGGUCUCCGUCUGGGAACGCCCGCCAUGACGACGCGGGGCUUCAACGGCGAGGACUUUAAGCGCGUGGCCGAUAUUGUGGACCGCGGCGUGAAGAUCACUCUGGCGGUUGAUAAGGAUGCGCGUGCUGCGGCUGAGGCCAAGGGAGCUAAGAACCCAGGUACCGUCAAAAACUUUUUGGAGUUCUUGGGUGAUGGAUCUAGUGUCAAGGAGAUUGCUGCGUUGCGCGAUGAGGUUGCUGAGUGGGUUGGAGGAUUCCCUCAGCCUUGGCUCAAGUCAUGA